AUGCCACGACAAAUUCGCACCUGUGUUGUGUGUCAACGACGAUUUUUGGCUCCCACUCUGCACAUAACGCAUUGUGCUGCCUGUCUCGCCGUACAAAAUAGUCCCACAGUCUCCAUGGAGACUAGUUCUAGACGGCAUCUGGAUCUUCCGAAGGAUGGAACUCCACCGGAGUUCCAAGUUGAUGACGCACCGGCUAGUGAAUGCAAAGAGGAGACGGGACGAUCAUCUCGGCCCGCAAAGCGUCCGAAAGCGGCUGGUGAACUGACAGUGAAUGCAAGAACGCUAUCGAAUGAGUAUCUGAAUCCUUCUUGUAUUUCCUUUCAACAACGAACGCAGACUAUGCAACCGAUCCAUCUAGAUCACGUUGACCAAGUACAAACCGUCGAUAAGGAAGCUUCUGUCGAGAAAAUUGACGACAGUGACGACGAGGAAAUGGGCAGCGAAGCCGGAGACGAACUUCGAUGCAUACAAAUCGUGGAUCUGUUGAGCGAUUGUAUUGACGAAAAUGAUGAACCUGAUUCCGAGGAUGAAUGGGCGGAAGACGUACCUCUUCACGCUCUGGUACCCGCCAACCCACGUUUACCGCUCGGCAUGAAACCAACGAAGUCCAAGAAUCCAUUGACAACGCAUGUAAAGCCAGAGCUGAUGUCAGGCGAUGGAAGUAAAGCGUUACGACCAGUAAACGAUGAUGGCGAUGGUUUUGACGAGGAUUACUGCCGGAUCAUCAAUACUUUCAGUAACGACAAAAACGGCGAUGCUGACACUUCCAUGACCUGUAUGAUGUGUGGCAAAUCUCUGCAGCACCUCAAGACAGGCAUCAAAGGUCGUCUUACUCAUAUCAAACGGUGUUCCAAAAAGUACGGCGUCACGGCGCGAGACAUUCGGCUGGACGACGACCACGAAGUUUUUGCCAUGAACCAAAAGUCUGCCUUAUCACCAACGACAAAACUCGCAGCUCGGUCUGUUAGUAUAACAAACCCCUAUAAACAGCCCAGUGAGUGGCACUGUGAUUCGAAUAGAGAUUUGGACGACGACAGAUUGUCUCGAUCGGGAACAGCCUCGUCAUCCGAAAACACUUUGGUCGUCGGUACCGGUGGUAUCCCUCAGCGUUCUGCUUUCGGAGUGCUGUUGGCUGGUGCCCGGCGUGCUGCCAAGGUAGCUCAAAUUUCUGCUACGAAAAAGACAGAAAAGCAGAGAGCUAGAGGAGGGUGGCGCAACGGAAAUGGUCGACAGUAUCAAGUUCACUACUCCGCCAGAUCAUGUCCGCUGUACAAGAAGAUCACUGGCACUGACUUUGUCUGCGACGGUUUCCAUUAUGCACGCAGUUCCUUGACGCAGAAUUAUUUUCUCACUCAUUUUCACAGUGAUCAUUACGGAGGAAUUUCGAAGGCAUGGAACGCUGGUACCAUCUAUUGCUCAUUCUCGACAGCCAACCUUGUAAACCAGCAACUCGGUGUAGAUCGCAAGUUUUUGCAUCCCCUUCCCAUGAUGACUCCUAUCGUCGUUGCGAGUCGGGGAAAACCUGUUACUGUCACUUUACUGGAUGCCAAUCACUGUCCCGGGGCCGUCAUGUUUUUGUUCGAGGUGGGGAAUAGACGGCUUUUGCACGUGGGAGACUUUCGAUGGAAUCGUGAAAUCAUGCAAGCCCAAGGUCCACUACGACCAUUUUUCGACCGCACUCAAAACCUCGACGAGAUUUUUCUUGACACAACUUACUGUGAUCCCAAGUACUCUUUACCAGAUCAGCAGGAGGCUAUUAAGGAAACUGUAAAAGUUGCAAUCGAACAAGUGGGACUUUCGAAACGCAAUAAAGAUCGCACGCUCAUGCUAUUCGGUGCUUACACCAUCGGCAAAGAGCGCAUUUAUCUUUCCGUUGCAGAAAAGCUCGGGCUUAAGGUUUUUGUUGACAGUCGUCGAUAUCGAAUAUUAAAAGCACUAGAAUGGCCAUCGGAAUCUAUCGCUAUGUUAACCACGCGACCUGAGGAAACAAUACUGGUCAGUUAUUCAAAUGGACGAUACACUGGGAUUAAGUCCGAUUUCUGUACUGAUAUCUGA